UGGAAGGGAUGAUAUCGAAACAAACUUCAACAUAAAUACGGAGGAUCAUUAGUGAGCAGCUAUCAGUUGAAAGACACAAGACUUCCAAGCACACACAACACAGCUCUAACAAUUCAAAUAAAAUGGCCGCCAAGAUGAUCAUUUUCGCCGCUUGCGUGGCUUCCGCCCUCGCCCAAUACUCCGCCCCGGCUUACAAGCCAGCGUACUCCGCUCCCGCUUACUCGGCACCAAAGGCUUACGCCCCAGAGCCCGCAUACGCACCCACACCGUACAACUUCGAAUACAGCGUGAACGACCCACACACCUACGACGUGCACAGCCAAUCCGAAUACAGCGACGGCAACGGUUACGUCAAGGGAUCCUACAGCCUCUUGGAAGCCGACGGUUCCACCCGUACCGUCGAAUACACCGCCGAUGACCACAGUGGUUUCAACGCCGUCGUCAAGAACGAAGGCGGAUACAAGGCCCCAGCUUACUCUGCACCAGCCUACAAGCCAGCAUACUCUGCACCAGCUUACUCUGCACCAGCCUACAAGCCAGCAUACUCUGCACCAGCUUACUCCGCGCCAGCCUACGCCGCCCCAGCUUACCCAGCGCCCGCAUACUCUGCCACGGCCUACAAGCCAGCAUACAAGCCAGCAUAUUAAUCAUUUAUCUAGUCAUGCCAUUGAUUACGACAGCCAUCUCUCAGUCAUAUUAUUUUGUAUAAUAGUAUCUUUAUUGCCUAUUCACAAACCAUACUUAUGUCAUCGUUGUGUUUAUUU